GCAGCAGCAAUGACACCCUGUCCCUGUCCGGACACCCGGCACGGCACAAGGAGGCUGGACACCGAGGUGCUGCCUCUCUCCUUGAUGCCAGCCACGCUCCUCAUCCUCCUCAUCCUCCUCAGCCCCGCCGGCACCACCUCUGAGCCCGAGACGUUGCCAUUCCCAGAGAUCCGCCUGGCCAACGGGCCCAGCCGCUGCCAGGGCCGAGUGGAGAUCCUCUACAACGGCUCCUGGGGCACGGUCUGCGACGACGACUGGGACAUCGUGGAUGCCAACGUGGUGUGUCGCCAGCUGGGCUGCGGCCACGCCAUCACCCUGCCGCCCGCCAUGACCUUCGGCCAGGGCAGUGGGCCCAUCUUCCUGGACAACGUGGACUGCAAGGGCCCGGAGGCAGCCCUGAGUGAGUGCUGGAGCCACGGCUGGGGCAUCCACAACUGCUACCACUACGAGGACGUGGCUGUCGCGUGCAACGGUAACGAGGUUCCAGGUGACGGCAGCAUCCGCCUGGUGAGCGGCCCCGACACCUGCCAGGGCCGGGUGGAGAUCUUCUACCGUGGGAACUGGGGCACCGUCUGCGACGACGACUGGGGCCUGAGCGAUGCCAGCGUGGUCUGCAAGCAGCUGGGCUGCGGGCAAGCCCUGGAUUACAAGAGCAAUGCCUAUUUUGGCUAUGGAACGGGACGGAUCCUCCUGGACAACGUCAACUGUGACGGCAGCGAGCCCUUCCUGUCCGCCUGCUACAGCCUGGGCUGGGGCAUCCAUAACUGCGGCCACCACGAGGACGCUGGGGUCAUCUGCGCAGGACUGGACACAUCCACCAUCACAUCGUUCACCACCUCGGUGGCCCUGGACUCCGAGGAGACGCUCACAGCCACGGCCACAGCAGUGACAGACAGCAGGGACCAGCCCUCCCAGGCCACCGAGGUGGUCACCACCACGCUGCUGACCAUCGAGCAGGAAAGUGGCGGCUUGCGGCUGGCGAACGGCAACGGGAGCUGCCGCGGGCGGGUGGAGGUGCGGCACGGCGGCACCUGGGGCACCGUCUGCGACGACGACUGGGACUUCCCCGACGCGCAGGUGGUUUGCCGGCAGCUGGGCUGCGGCACCGCCCUCGCCGCCACCGUGCUCGGCUCCUUCGGCUACGGCAGCGGGCCCGUGCUGCUGGACAACGUGGGCUGCGGCGGCGGCGAGGCGCGCCUGGCCGACUGCUUCCACCUGGGCUGGGGACAGCACAACUGCGGCCACCACGAGGACGCCGGGGUCAUCUGCCGAGGUGCUGAUGACACUGAAGACCAUUUCCAAGAGGCCACUGCCACAACCACCACAUUGGCUCCAACUCGUCCCAAGGAGGGGUCCCUGCGCCUGGUGAACGGCAGCCACCGGUGCGAGGGGCGCGUGGAGAUGUUCUACCUGUCCCAGUGGGGCACGGUGUGCGACGACGCCUGGGACCUGCGGGAUGCCAAGGUGGUGUGCAGGCAGCUGGGCUGCGGGCACGCCCUGGCAGCCUGGGGGGAGGCACGCUACGGCCAAGGCACCGGCUACAUCUUCCUAGACAACCUCAAGUGCAAGGGCCACGAGCCCUCGCUGCUGCGCUGCUCCCACAUCCGCUGGGACGUCCACAACUGCGACCACUCCGAGGAUGCCGGUGCUCUCUGUGACAUCCUAUGACCCUCCCGCAGCUCAGGUGGAAAGACCCAGCCUGCAGCACCAGUCACCCUCACCACCAAGUGUUUGAUUGCUACUGGG